AUGGAAUUUCAAUCAUUGGAGGAGACCUUUUUGUUCUAUAAUCAAUAUGCACGUAAAGCCGGCUUUAGUGCAAGAUUAGGCAAUAGUAAGAAAAAUAAGAGGACCAAUGAAGUUGAAUGGAAACAAUUUAUAUGCUUUAAAGAAGGACAUACAGAUUAUAAACGGGAAAAAGAAGCACAAGUUAACAGUGUAAAGGAAAGAGCACGUGGGGAAGUAAGGACUGGAUGUAGGGAAAAACUUUCACUGGUUAAAGAACAGACCGACCCAAAUUGGAUUGUCACAAAAAUCAUGGAAAGUCAUAAUCAUCCACUCUCGACUCCUUCGAAGAUAGAUUCUGGAGUCCCUGAGCAUCUCGGUUGCACUGAACGGGAUACUAGAGACUUUGAAAGAGAGCUAAGGGAUGAACAAAAGGGAAUUGACACUGAAACACUUAUUGAGAUUUUUGCAAUGGAGAAAGAGAAGAAUUCCACCUUUUUCAAUGAUUAUGAGACUGAUUCAACAGAAAGAUUCACUAGGUGA